CUAAAAUGUCCUUGUCUUCAAGCAACACAAUGAAUUUCUAGCUAAAUGUUACUUGAUAAUGUUAACUAGCAGAUAUAAAGAAUCCUCUAAAUCAAUUGAUCAAUAUUCUGUGGAUUCGCAUAGGCACAAGUUAACUAAAUCAUGGAGUUUCAGAGACAGUUUAUUCGGUUUGAGGCGUAGUCGAGCGUCUAUUUCGGAUGCACAUGAAUGCCAGUAUAUUGCCCCAAAGUUGUACCAAUUGGAGGAUCAAUUUCAUCAUCCAGCUUCAAAAUGUGAUGUUUGGCGCUCUCUUUGCCCUCAAGAGUUACCUAAUGCAGCAGUUUAUCCUAUAACACCGGUUUGCAGUUUGUCUGAUGAAGUCUUUGCUUCUGCUACAGGUCCAAAGAAAGGCCUGCUAGCUGUGAAAAAGUGGCGCGAGGUAAAGGCUAGCCACAAUGGCUAUUUUUGCAGUAAUUGGAAGACAAUAGAAAAUCGAAAGGCACAUGGAAUAUCGAUAUCUUUAUAUGAAAAAAACAUGAUUACUGGGAAAACAAAUGGUGGUCCUAUUGCUGAUGCAUUUGUUGUACGUGCUCGACAUGAUUCUGCUUAUUUAGCUGUGGCCGAUGGAGUGAAUUGGGGCAAUGAAUCAAUGAAAGCUGCUAGAUCAGCGAUUUCAGCUAUUUACACCUAUUUAGAAUCUCAUUUAUAUGGUUGCAUGAAAAAGAAACACGUCAUAAAUGAUACAAGAGAUGCUGCUCAAUUGUUAUUUGAAGCAUUUUCUUAUGCUCAAGAAGAAAUUGUUUCCAUUACUACUGGUUUAACUACGCUUUGUGUUGCAUUAAUUUUACCGGUACUUAAAACUACAACCUAUGAAUCACAAAUAUUAACAAAUGCACAACCAUCAGUAUAUGGUCAAGGUCAAUUUGCUGCUGUCAUAGCAAGUGUUGGUGAUUGUCAAGCAUUUCUUUUAAGUAAAUUUCAUGGUAUACGUGAAAUAACUGGUUGGAUAAGAACAACUGACUUAUCCUCUGAUGAUUUAUCAACUCAGUUGAAUGAACAAAAUAAAUUAGAGAAAAUAUUCGAGCCAUCUGUAAGAGAUUUUCGCGAUACCGGUGGUGCAUUAGGUGCUGUAUAUAAAAAUGGUAAUCCAGAAUUAAAUAAUCUUAUAUGUGCUGUAACACUUUGUGAUCCUGGUGAUAUAGUUCUACUUGGAUCCGAUGGACUAGUUGAUAAUUUUGAUCCAGUUAUUACACGACUUGCUGUUCCUGAAUCACCACAUUUAGAUUUUGUUGAUGAAGAUGAUGAGCAUAAAGAACAACAUGGAGAUGAAGAGGAAACUUCUUCAUCUAAUGAUGAUUUAAUGAUUCACGAUUUAAAUAACAAGAACAAUAAUAAUAAUAAUCAUACUAAUAAUUCUAUCAACAGUACUUCCUCAUUAUCUUCAGAUUCUUUAAAGUGUAAUUUCAAUAAAUCAUCCACUUCACCAUUAUGUCGUUCAUCUAAAUCAUGGUUACAUAAUUCCUCUCUAACACCACCACCUCGAGUAAGUAUUUGGCCACAACCACCACCGCCUCCUCCAUCAAGUGAUCCUUCUGUUACACAUGUUAAUACUACUAACACUACUAAUACUACUACUAACAGUAAUAAUAAUCAUAAUAAUAAUAACAGUAACAAUGAAACUGAAACAAUUCAUGCACAUCAAAUUAAUUUCACUAAUCAACUUGAAUUAAACUGGUAUGAACGUAGAAGAUAUGCAACGAAAGAAUUAGAACGUGUAUGGCAUGAAUUAGAUUUCAAUGCAGAGAUAGCUAACAAUAAUAAUAAUAAUAAUAAUUCUAAUAAUAAAGGUACAAUGAGUUCAAGAGAUUUAUGCGAAGCUCUAAUUAAUUAUGCAUAUAGAAUAACAACAAAACGACGUGAAUGGUUAGAAAAUCCAGAUUAUGCACAUUUAUUGAAACAAAAUCAAAAUGGAGUUCAAAACAAUAACGAUAAUAAUAAUAAUAAUCAUGAAAAUGGUAUUCGUAAUAAUAAUAAUAUCAACACUGAUUUUGCGAAUACUUAUUCCACUGAUUCACAAAGAAAAUGGUUUAAUGAUAUGCUGAAACGUAUGCCUGGUAAAUUAGAUCAUGCCACUGUAGUUGCCUAUGAAGUUGGUGUUUAUCAUGGUAAUGAAAAUGAAGUGUAUGAAGAGACAGCGCAUCGAUUUCUAACACCACAGAAUCCGCAUCCUUCAAUUGCUACACAUUCAGAGCAAUAAUAAUAAAUUUAGACAACAAAAAAAAAACAUUAAAAUCUUAUACUUUGUACAUGCAAUAAAUAACCUCAGAUAUGAGAUUACUCCCAAUAACAUUGAUUUCAUUAUUUAUUUGUCUAUUUAUUGAAUUUUUGUUGAUAGUUUUACAAUUUCUUUUAUUUAUGUAUAGGUAUUUAUAUUUUCCAUGUUGUUAUUUAUAUUCAUAUCAUCAAAUAGAUUAUUAUUAUUCUGUUGAAAAGUGAUAUUAUUUGAUUAAUUUAUGAAAGUAUUAUCAUUAAUCUUUUAUUGACAUUGAUAAUUUAUUUCACACUAUAUGAGAUACAAUUCCAAAUAAACAUAUACAUAUACAUAUUUACCUUUCAUUGAAUGUUUCAAUCUCAAUAUGAAUCAAUAUUCUGGCUACAACUAAACCUUAUAUAAACAAUUUGCCUUUUUCUUUUUCUGAAAAGAAGAAAAAUUUUUUUUAUUUAAAUUAAGCAUCUUAUGUUACUUGUUUAUGUUAUUUAUGUACAGUGCAUUGUAAGCUUUUAUUCUUAAUAUUUUAAUGGAUGAGGAGUUUAUUUAUUUGUUCUAGAAUAAUACUUUCAAAUGUAGGCUUAUUUUUCAUCUUGAACAUUUGAUCACUACUAUAUUUGUGCUCGUUCAAUACAUUCUAUAUAUAUAUAU